AUGCCUCCCAUGGCAUUGCAGGGAAUUGUCACCAAGGUUGGCUUCAUGAACAAGACAGCCACGGUGACAGUGUCGAGGUGGAUGACCCAUCGAGUGACGGGAAAGGUUAUCGAACGGACGAAAAAAUAUCUCACGCAUGACCCAAACAACGAACUGCGCCAGGACGAUGUCGUUAUCAUCCGCAAUUGCCCGCCUGUGUCAGCUAGAAAACGGUUCAAACUAGAGACAGUGGUGAAGAGCCCCGAGGCAGAACGAGAGUUGAAGAAGGCCAAUAUUUUGCUGGAACAAUCACAACAGCUAUCACCACAACCUACGAAAAAGUAG